GCCUACGCGAAAUCUGACGCAAAACAUAACCUAAAGUUUUUUGCCACCAGUGAUCGAUUAAUUUGUUGUGAAAGUGUUGAAAAACGCUCCGAAAAUGUCGGACGACGAGAUGGAAAAGUUCGAGAUAACGGAUUACGAUUUAAACAAUGAGUUUUACCGUGGUAGAAAAAAGUUAAGCAAACACCAGCAGAUUUAUGGUAUAUGGGCAGACGACAGUGAUAAUGACGAAGACGAGAGACCUUCGUUUAAGUCACGAAAACCUAAGAAUUACUCCGCCCCUAUUGGUUUUGUUGCUGGGGGUGUCCAACAAGCGGGCAAAAAAACCGACCAUGUUAAGAAGGAAGAAGAAAGUGAUGAUGAAAAACCAACUACUUCCUUUAAACUGAAGGAUAGUUCAAGUGACUCAGAGGAUGAACGCCCUAGGCCAGGUAGAGUCAAAGAAUACCAAACUUGUGACGAAAAUACUAUUUCAGGGUUUGGUGGUGCACAAGAAAGUGGGGAAAUUGCAGGUUUAAGAAAUAAAACUAGCGCGCAAACAAUGCAAGGGAUGGGAAAUUGGGAGAAACACACAAAAGGGAUUGGGGCAAAGCUUCUCUUACAGAUGGGUUUUCAACCGGGGAAAGGUCUCGGAAAAGAUUUACAAGGUAUCGCAGCCCCGGUUGAGGCCCACUUGAGAAAGGGCAGAGGGGCGAUAGGCGCAUAUGGCCCUGAAAAGGCGGCAAGCAUUCCAAAGAAAAAAGAAAUCAAGGAAGAAAUUGAAGAUGAAAACACCGAUCACAAGUGGAAGAAAAAUGACAUGUCUAAGAAAAAAACGCGUUAUUAUUAUCGUAGCGUAGAUGAUGUGAUAGAAAAAGGCAAGAGGCCAGGGGCUUUUAGAAACAUGGGUUUUGGAAGUGAAUUAAGCAAAGUCAAAGUCAUUGAUAUGACGGGGCCCCAACAGAGGGUUCUGAGCGGGUAUCACGCACUAAGUGGACUCAAAGCACCCCCAGGGGUUGAACAUUUUGAAGAUGUUGUACAUAAAAAAUGUUCAAACUUUACUUUACCUGAAAUACAACACAAUCUGGAUGUUUUAGUUGAUAUCUGUGAACAGGAUAUUAUUAGAAUAGAUAGAAAUACAAGGUUUAAUCAGGAUAAAAUUGUUGCACUCAGACAGGAACAAGAAACUUUGAAAAAUCAAGUACAAAGAGAGAGUGAAGUUGUUGAUAAUUUAAAAGAUGUUAUUGAAAUAGUGGACAAGUUGUUAAAUCCCGAUUUGGGGCUGUCCUUGCUUCAAGUAGCACAAAUUUUCAAUAAUUUAUUGGAAAACCAUUAUGAAGAGUUUGUGAGGUACGAAUUAGGUGAAUUGGCCCCUGGUUUAGUAGGUCCUCUUUUGACAUCAGCCCUCGCCAGUUGGUCGCCAUUGACCAAUCCCAAGCAAUACAAGGAAAUUUUUGCCCGUUGGAAGGACAUUCUGGAGAAGCCCAGACAACGUGGGACACUAGAAGGUAAUAAUAUGGGAAUUCAGCCAUAUGAUAGUCUCUUAUGGCACACUUGGAUGCCUGUAAUGCGAAUUUGUGUUAGUUCGUGGAAUCCCAAGGAUUGUGAUCCUUUGAUAACACUGAUUGAAACCUGGAUGCCGUUAUUGCCGCAGUGGAUAUUGGACAACAUUUACGACCAACUUAUCAUGCCUAGAAUCCAGGCUGAAGUCAAUAUCUGGAAUCCCUUGACAGACACAAUCCCAAUUCAUGUCUGGAUACAUCCUUGGAUACCUUUACUCGAUACCAGACUUCAAGCUAUUAUUUAUCCAAUCAUUCAAGAGAAACUAGGAGUGGCUUUAACAAACUGGCACCCUUCGGAUAAAUCAGCUAAACCCAUGUUAAAACCAUGGCAAAGAGUUUUGCCAGAUGGCGUUUUCGUCGCAUUCCUUCUCAAACACAUUGUACCGAAAUUACAGCUUUGUAUGCAAAAUUUAGUUAUAAAUCCACAUCAACAACAUUUAGACGCGUGGUAUUGGGUUAUGGAUUGGAGCGAUAUGUUAUCAGUGGGGAAUAUGACGUUAAUUCUGGAUAAGUUUUUCUUCCCAAGAUGGCGGCAAACUCUAGCCAUGUGGUUGAACCACAACCCGAAUUAUGCCGAAGUCACUGAUUGGUACACGGGGUGGAAACAUAUGUUGUCAGACGAGUUAUUAGCACAACCGACCAUUAAAGAAAAUUUCCAUACAGCUCUUGAGAUUAUGAACCGAGCGGUGAAUAUCGGCCAACAACCAGGGGCCAAAGAAUCGAUCUCGUAUUUGAGUAUGGAAAAUAACGCACCGCCACCUCCGCCACCACCUCGAGUUGAAAGUUUUGCUGAAACUGUAAGGUCCGCUUCGAAAAUACCUCCACUUUACAAAGAUUUAGUCGCGAAAAGAUGCGAAGAACGUGGUAUUUUGUUUGUCCCUAUCCCAAACAAAUAUUACGAGGCUAAACAAGUAUACAGGAUAGGGUCCAACGGACUUCAAUGUUACAUCGACAGAAAUGUCGUUUUCUCGUCACAAAAUAACACUAACUGGGUUCCCACCUCUUUAAACCGACUAUUAGACAUGGCAUAAAUUAAAGUUGAAACGAUAAUUAUGUGGAGUGGUAAAUUAUGAAACGAUGUUUAUUUUUUUAUCUUUAUUGUUUUCAUUACUUCAAGCUGUAAAAACUGACAGGAAGUACAAUUGUCUAUCACA